AUGGUCGGUCUGGGAAUUCUGCUGGGAUCUCUGCCUGGCUUGGUGAUCCACAUGGUGAUGAUGGCUACUACUACUAGUAUCAGUCUUGUUCUUGUUCUUCUUUUCAUUCCCUUGUUGUUGGGCUUUGGCAUGAUGUUCCAAGGGACGUUGUAUCCCGUUCUGUACAAGAAACUGACGGGCUCGAGUGUGGACGUACUCACUCAGCGGGUUUUGAAGGGUCGGAAAGCGGCCAUUCGUUCCGGCGACUUUGUCGUGUUUCUCAUUGGAGCUCGAGCGAACAAUGAUUUCGAUCCGUACUAUCAGUGGAUGGGAGAUUCCAUGGCGAAAAUGUGGAAAGAACUAGAAGACAAUCCCGAUCUGGGAUGCUUGAGUACCGAAUACUACUUUGGUCCCACAGGUCACUUGACGGUGCAGUAUUGGAAAUCACUGGAUGAUCUUAAUCGAUAUGCCCGCAAUAUGAGUAACAAGCAUGCCGGACCAUGGGCCAAUCUCAUGGCCAAGGGCCGAAUGUCUUCGGAUUAUGGCUUUUGGCACGAAGCCUUUGAAGUCAAGGAGGGAAAGUAUGAUGCCAUCUAUGUCAAUAUGCCUCCGAUCCAUUUGGGCAAUGCCAUUGGGUCGUCGUUGGAGGACUGCAAGGGAAAGUAUACAUCUGCAGCAGGUCGGGCGGGAAAAACGGAUGGCAGUGAUUAUGCAAAGGAAAUAGGGAGUCCAGAUUACUAA